GACGUCCGUCUCGCGAGCUUUUCAGGCGGACACGCGCAGCGGCGGCGGCGACGUGAGUGCGUGUGCUGCGUGUCUGCAGAGCCGUGGGGGCGGGAACAGGAUCAGGUUGGGGGGGCGAGAAGUCCUUGGUCCACGAGUUACGGAAGCCGGCGAGCAAGCGUGGCCGCUUCGCCACAGUCCAGUCGUUCCUGAUGCCCAGCGCCAGCCGCCAGAGUCAGGAGAAACCGCGGGAGAUCAUGGAGGCGGCGGAAGAUUAUGCUAAAGAAAGAUAUGGAAUAUCUUCAAUGAUACAGUCACAAGAGAAACCAGAUCGAAUUUUGGUUCGAGUUAAAGACCUGACAGUACAAAAAGCUGAUGAAGUAGUUUGGGUUCGUGCCAGAAUUCAUACAAGCAGAGCUAAAGGGAAGCAGUGUUUCUUAGUACUACGUCAGCAGCAGUUUAAUGUCCAGGCUCUUGUGGCUGUGGGAGACCAUGCAAGCAAGCAGAUGGUAAAAUUUGCUGCCAAUAUCAACAAAGAGAGCAUCGUGGAUGUAGAAGGUGUUGUGAGGAAAGUGAAUCAGAAAAUUGGAAGCUGUACACAGCAAGAUGUUGAGCUUCAUGUUCAGAGGAUUUAUGUGAUUAGUUUGGCUGAACCCCGCCUGCCCUUACAGCUGGAUGAUGCAGUUCGACCUGAAGUAGAGGGAGAAGAGGAAGGAAGAGCUACUGUUAAUCAGGAUACAAGACUAGAUAACAGAGUCAUCGAUCUUAGGACAUCAACUAGUCAGGCAAUCUUCCGUCUCCAGUCUGGUAUCUGUCACCUCUUCCGUGAAACUCUAAUUCACAAAGGGUUUGUAGAAAUUCAAACCCCUAAAAUCAUUUCAGCUGCCAGUGAAGGAGGAGCCAAUGUGUUUACUGUGUCAUAUUUUAAAAACAAUGCGUACCUGGCUCAGUCCCCACAGCUAUAUAAACAGAUGUGUAUUUGUGCUGAUUUUGAAAAGGUUUUCUGUAUUGGCCCAGUAUUCAGAGCUGAAGACUCUAAUACACAUAGGCAUCUGACAGAAUUUGUUGGUUUGGACAUUGAAAUGGCUUUUAAUUACCAUUACCAUGAAGUAGUAGAUGAAAUCGCUGACACAUUGGUGCAAAUAUUUAAAGGACUUCAGGAAAGGUUUCAAACUGAGAUUCAAACAGUAAACAAACAGUUCCCAUGUGAGCCUUUCAAAUUUUUGGAGCCAACUUUGCGACUAGAAUAUCGUGAGGCUUUGGCUCUGCUCAGGGAAGCUGGAGUGGAAAUGGGAGAUGAAGAAGAUUUGAGUACACCAAAUGAGAAGCUCUUGGGUCGUCUGGUAAAAGAAAAGUAUGAUACUGAUUUUUAUAUUCUUGACAAAUAUCCUUUGGCUGUAAGACCCUUCUAUACUAUGCCUGACCCAAAAAAUCCUAAACAGUCCAACUCUUAUGACAUGUUCAUGCGAGGGGAAGAAAUUCUGUCUGGAGCACAGAGAAUUCAUGAUCCUCAGCUACUAACGGAGAGGGCUUUACAUCAUGGAAUUGACCUGGAGAAAAUAAAGGCUUACAUCGAUUCCUUCCGUUUUGGAGCCCCUCCUCAUGCGGGCGGUGGCAUUGGGUUGGAGCGAGUUACCAUGCUGUACCUGGGAUUACACAAUGUUCGUCAGACAUCCAUGUUCCCCCGUGAUCCCAAAAGAUUAACUCCUUAGGGAAAAUUGCUUUUUUAUUCUGUCCAGUAACCUGCUGUUGAUCAGGCUGUGUGAGUGCUCAGAAUAUGCAAUAGAAUAAAUAUCUUAUCUUCUAAAGUGCCACAAUUUUUUUUGACUCAUUAACUGCAGUUCAGAGAUGAUUAACUGUCUUGGACAUUCUCUGAUAGGAAGUGCUUAAAUAUUUUGUAUGAGAAUUUCAUAUUUAUGUUCAUUCAUAUUCUGUUAUCUCGAAUUUUAACAAAUUUCUAGGCAGUUAACAUUUUAAAACUUUACAGUUGUACAAUAAACUUUUUUUCUAUCCUAUCUUACAAGGGCCAUAAAAUUGUAUCUUAAAAUGCAGUGUUUCAAGCCAGUUUUUAAACAGUUGUGACAAUGUUCAAAGACAGCCUGGAAAAAUAUUGUGGAACAUUAGCAUCUUUCUAACUGGAAUAUCAUGGAAAAAAGUAGAAAAUAGUAACAUUUUAAUUUUUAAAAAAUUAUGCUUAGAUAUCAUGUAAAGCAGGUGGAACUCGCUGGUAGAAAAGCAAAAUGUUAAUGAAGUAUUGUACUGAGUUGUCAAAAUUCUAAAACUGAAUUGCAAUAAAACUCUAAAAUUGGUCUUAUUUGUCUUUUUGGCGGGGGGGAUUUCGUGGGAAUUUGAAUUUAACAGCUCUAAUGUCAAUUUAUAUUUUCACAGAAAGGAUAUAUUCUAAUAUAACUGAUUUAUGUGAUGAUCAUCUUUUUUUCUAGUUUUUAAAAAAAGAAACAAUUUUUUUUACUUGUUUCAUCAAAGUACAAUAUGAUAAAUAUAAAGAGCGUAUGGCAGCAGAGGAAGUUAAGGAUCCUUCUUUUGGUUUUAUCACAGUGCUCAAUAAUUCAUAGACUGGUAGAGCUGGAAGGUUCUAGGGAUCAUUUUGUCCAGCCCAUUUUUAAACUCGGGGCCCAAAAGUAUUAGUACUUUAAGGUCACACAGGUGUUGGCAUGGCUUACACUUGGAUUCCAAAUCUCUUUAUUAGCUAUCCAGUUCUCUUUUUAAAAUGUUAUUUUUUAUAAUCAAUCAAUUAACAUUUAUUAAGUACCUACACUUGUGACAGGCACUGUGCUAAACACUGGGGAUACCAAAAAAAAAAAAAAAGCCAAGAUAGUCCCUAUCCUCAAAAUGCUCACAGCCUAAUGGAGACAACAUGCAGACAACUACACAAAGCAAGUUAUAUACAAAGGGCUUCCUUCAACUCUUAACUAAAUUCCACGUUGUGCAGGAAGCCUUCCCUACUCCCCUCUUAAUUCCAGUGCCUCCUUUCUUUUAUUUCCUAUUUUUCCUGUGUAUAUACAGCUCACUUUGUAUUUGUUUGCAUAUUGUCUCAUCCAUUGGGGGGAAAAAAAGGAAACCAGGGAAUUGUACCAUAGGUAGAAACAAAGGAAGAGAGCCUAAGGUACAACCAGAAAGACUGCUGGGAGGCCAGUGUCUCUAGAUCAAUGAGCUGGUGUUGGGGGAGUAGGUUAGGAAGACUUGGAAUGUAUUUUGUAUUUGAUCCUGCUAUUAAGUAAUCAAGGUGUGAGGUGAUAAGGGCCUGCACCAGUGUGUAAGGAGAGGGAGGUGUACGUGAAGUAUUGCGAAAGUAAAGUUUAUGAGCUUAUAAACAUCAAUAAAUAUGACCAUUCAAUAUACAAAAAACAAAAAAGCAUUGUAAAUGAGACUUCAGCUUGUUUAUUAGUGUAUCUUCUAAUGUGUAUUAAAGUCAACGUGACAGUAACAAAAA